AUGUACCCCGCAAUCAACUUGGAAUGCCGAAUUCAUCUGGGAUUUGGAUCUAAGGAUGCUUGGGAUGCAAGAAUUCCCCUCAUCCCAUUCCUCGUCCUCAAAAUGCGGAGUGUCAGCCGGAAGCCUGGUAUUCCAGGGGUCAGAAAAGCCCGCGUCGGUCAAAGGGCACAAUUGGCAUGCAUCAACUGCAAGGCAAGAAAGCAAAAGGUUCGAGGUGGUCUGUCCUCUGCCUUUGCGACAAUCCAGUCCCAUCGUGCGCGAAUUGCCAACGGUUUGGCCUCGGCAGGUCUUGACAUUACUGACCUGAGCGCUACUGUUACUGAUAAUACGUUUGCUCUAGCUUGCUUCGUCGAGGAUCCGGUGACAGGACGGCAUCAGCCCCGGAAUUACGUCGAGACUUUAGAAGCCAGGAUCGGACUUCUUGAAGAACAAUUGCGGCGGUCGCCCGUCCCCAGGCCUAGUCCUCUAGACACACAGAGGAUUGACAAUUUACCCGCAUGUUCCGACACACAGAUGGACCAGACAGCCGAAGAUGACGAAUGCCCCAGUGAGCUGUCCAACCAAGCUGGCAUGCUUGGCUUGUUGGUGGAUGGAGAAGAGCCGCACUAUUUAGGCCCUUAA